UGUAGAUGAAGAAAUCUAUGGGUUAAAGCUAUCGCAAAAUACAAGCAGAAUUUAGGUAUGAAAUAUACUUAUAAUCCAUAGAUAACCUAGACCUUAAUUGAUGGAAGUACAAAGUAUGACAGUAAUAUCCAAUCAAAGUAAUUUAGUUCUUAUUCUUUAAGAUGGAGCAAAGAAAUUCUCAUUUAAGGAAUUCCUUGAGAAAUAGAAAUCUAUUAUAAAAGAAAAGAAAAUUUCAUCAAAUGAUAAUAUUAUUAGGAAGAUUGCUCCCAUUAAAUUAGAAAAUUAAUUAAGUAAAAAUAACUCUCCUCGAUUCAGAAUAAAAUUAGUAUCAAGUCCAUUAAGUACUAACAAAACAACACUUUCAAGAUCUCCUUAAUCUUCAACAUUUCGAAAUCGUAAAAUCCCUUUAGAAUCAGAUUAGAUUUGUGAAACGGAGAUAAAAAUAUAAACUAAUAGAAUAGAUAGAGCAUUUUAAUAAACUGAUAUUGAUGAAAGUACUAUGCUAUCAAUUAAAUCACCAACAAGACAGGAAAAUAGAUUAGAAAAUUCUUCAGUGAUUAAAACAAGAAAUUUUAUUAAAUCGGUAGAUGAUGAAAAUUUGUUGAAAGAGUAAAUUAAGCCUCCAAAAAGAACAAAAAAAUAAUUAAGACAUUGUUUACUAAGAGCUUUGAAAAAAUUAAAAGAAAUGAAUAUCACAACUAAAAUGAUGGUCUAAAAAUAAAUAUUUUCUAAAAGACCUUAUCAAAAACCUUUUUCUUAAGAAUUUAUUCAUGCAGUCAAGUUAAAUUAAUUAGAGAAGGUUCAUUAAUAUUUAGAGAAAAACAAAUAUUUGGUUUUUGAUUUUGAUUUUUUCAAUAUGUCUGCAUUACAUUGGUCUAGUAAAAAAGGAUUGUAUGAAAUGACUGAGAUGUUAAUUAAAUAUCAUGCAGAUGUUGAUGCAAUAGACAUAUUAAAUAGAACACCUCUAUAUUUAGCUAUACAAGAAAAUAAUAUUCCUAUUAUUGAAGUAAGAAUUUUAUCUUUAGAAUUUUAGUUACUAUUAAGAAAUAAAGCAUAUCCCUGGUCUACUUCGGUAACUGAUUUGGGAGAAGUGGUUAAGGACAAUAAGAAAGUUCGUAAGAUCUUAACUUUAAUCAGAAGAGUAAAUAUUGAAUUUAAUUAUUAGUUGGACAUCAUUAAUAUGUGGGGAGAGAAGAAAUUAAAAGAAGAGUUUUUUUGA